CUGCGGACCUGAUAAACGCACGCGCAGUUCAGUUUCUCUCCUCAGUUGCCAGGGUUGCAGUCGACUCUAGGGCUAAAUCGGUUAUAACUGCUGUGGGCUCUACGUCCUUGGGUUGUUGAUAUUUCCCCUUUUCGUUCCGACCUUAAUUUUCCCCUAAAUUCCCCCUCGGAGCAGACUGAGAGGCCCAAGAGAAGUCUCCCUUGCGGGUUCUCUCACCCAGCCUGCCUCUGAGAUGAAGAAGAUUUUCAACUUCGGCAGGAAGAAGGGGCAGUCUCCACCUCGCCCCUUCAUCAAGCUGCCAAGUUACUUUGGGGUCCAAACACCCUACCCCACCGAAGGCUAUCAGAUCCGGAGCAAGGACCUCGGGAAGAUCCAUAAAGCUGCCUUGCUCGGUGAUGUGGCGAAGGUGCAGCAGCUGCUGCUGCUCGGAAAAAGCACCGUAAAUGAUCUGGAUAAAAUGAAGCGAACACCUCUUCACUUGGCUUGUGCUAAUGGAUAUCCAGAUGUUGUGUCUCUCUUAGUAGAGAGAAAAUGCGAACUAAACUUGUUAGAUAAUGACAGUCGAACACCUUUAAUUAAGGCAAUAGAGUGUCAGCAGGAGGAGUGUGCAACAAUCCUGCUGGAACAUGGUGCAGACCCUAAUCUUGGGGAUAGCAAGAACAACAAUGCACUUCACUAUAUUGCCUCUGGUCGGACCAAAUUCAUGGCAGAAAAACUGAUUAAGCACAAAAUUGAUAUUGAAGCAAAAAACAAGGAAGGCUUUACACCGCUUUUGCUUGCAAUUACAACAAUGAACACUGAAAUGGCAGAUUUUCUCUUAAAGAAUGGAGCAAAUGUGAAUGCACUGGAUAGCUGUAAAAGAACGGCCCUUAUGAUUGCUGUCAGUGUGGAAUCAAUAGCCUUGGUCACUCUUCUUCUUCAAAACAAUGCUGAUUACACUCUCCAAGAUAUAGCUGGAUGGACAGCUCAGACGUAUGCUGAGCGGUAUGGUUAUCCUCUACAUAUUUAUCACAAACAAAUUGAAAAACAGAAGGAACUUUAUAAUACCUGUUCAUCUCAAAUCAGCUGUUCAGAAAAGGCUUCUAGUACUGGAUUUGCUUUGGGUGCACCAUCCCUGGACAAAAAAGAAGAAAGUUCUGCAGAAGAGUCUAUAAGCAGACUCUCUGAUAAUCCAGGACCUGAUGAUCACUUGCCAAGCACAGAUAAGGAAUUGGAUUUUGAUACGGAGCCUAUCCAACCUACUCUUCAAAUGAAAGAUUCCUUCAAAAGCCAAGAAGCAGGAAAAGGAGAUGAUUGUGCACUCAAUGCAGUCUAUGAAGUUGAGAUGCAACCAAGUGUGAAUUGAUCCUUUGCUCCUUCUGAUAAUUUUUGGCCUAACAAUUAACAAUAAGAAAACAGUUGAUCCAUCAGCCAGCACCACACCAUCCAUAUAUGGAAGCAUUGUUCCGACCAGUUGAGAAGCUUUGAAUGCUAUAAAUAAAUUCUUAUUUUGU